AUACUAUUUAUUUUUCUUAAUUCUUAUUUUCCUGUUUUAUUAGACUUCUUUUCAUUUUAGAAAGACAAAAAUGGCACAAAUUUCAGAAGAAAACAAUGUAAGCCUUGAUCUUCUCAAGCAAAUAAUGAGAGAUUUUGCUCAAGAAAGAGGAUGGCAAUCUUACCACACUCCAAGGAACCUGCUUUUGGCUCUGGUUGGAGAAGUGGGAGAGUUAUCAGAGAUAUUCCAAUGGAAAGGAGAGGUAGAAAGAGGGCUACCAAACUGGAAAGAAGAAGAAAAAGUACAUCUUGGUGAAGAACUUUCUGAUGUUCUUCUCUAUUUGAUCCAACUCUCUGAUAGUUGUGACAUUGAACUUGGACAAGUAGCUCUUAGAAAGCUUCAACUUAAUGCUCUUAAAUAUCCACCUAAUAAAUAAUAAUAGGUUUAUUACCAAAUAUAUAAACAAUUAUUAUUAUUCCAUUAUUUGGCUUACAAACUUUGUUAUUUUCUUUGGUUAAUGAUUUAUUGUGACUAAAAAAACAAUGAUAUUUAUCAUAUCAAUAUUGAACAUUGAAGUAUGCAAAUUUAUGUUUAUCAUAU